AACAUUCCUGUUUCACCAUAAUCACCAAUUAUCAUCUCAACUUCGUAUGAACUUUUAUGAAGUUUUUUAUUCCAUUUUACAGCUUCCUUCAGGUUCUAGGUAUUAUUUUCACUGCUCCUAGUUUGGACCGAGAUUGCACGCUGGGAAAAAAAGAGAUUAGCUCUUCUGAAUGUUGAUUGGCUGCUUUGAAUUCCCAGCUCAUGUGUUGCUGUAGUCAGACUUGAUAUUAUUGAUAGUGAGAUGAGGGAGCAGUCACUGUGUUAAGGGUGGAGGUACACAACAGGUGACAAUACAACAUUUUCUAUCCAUCAUGGAUAAUGUCUCUCUAAUAACGUUGUUUGUUCUUUCAGGUUUCAAUGAAACAAAGGAUUUCCAAAUUGUUCUCUUCAUUCUCACUUUACUGUGUUACUGUUUCAUUGUGCUGGUAAAUGUUUGCCUUAUUGUCACCAUCAUGUUGGAUAAAAACCUGCAUGAACCAAUGUAUAUUCUACUUUGCACUUUCUGCAUGAAUGGACUUUAUGGGACGGCAGGUUUCUACCCCAAGUUUCUGUGGGAUCUGCUUUCUCCUGUUCAUGUUAUCUCUUAUUCUGGAUGCCUGGUUCAGGCUCUGGUUAUGUACUCGUUUGCCUGCAGUGAUCUGUCUAUUCUUGCAGUCAUGGCGUAUGACAGAUAUGUGGCUAUAUGUCGACCCCUGGAGUACCACUCUGUCAUGUCAAAGCAACAAGUCUUAAAGUUAGUCUGUUUCUCCUGGUUGACACCUUUUUGUGUCAUAGGCACAAAUAUUUUUCUGACCUCUAGAUUAAAGUUAUGCAGCCAAUUUAUUACCAGACUUUUUUGUGUGAAUUGGGUUAUUGUCAAACUUGCCUGUUUCCCAGCUGACACUGUUGUUAACGGCAUAGUUGCAUAUAUUACAAUAGUCAUGUACAUCGUUAUUGGCUGUUUUAUAUUUUGGUCUUACAUGUAUCUUAUCAAAACAUGUGUGAAUUCUUUAGAAAACAGGAAAAAGUUCAUGCAAACAUGUGUGCCACAUUUAACUGCUGUGCUCACUUUUCUUGUGACCAUAUUUUUUGAUCUCAUGAAUAUGCGAUUUUCUUCAAAAGGUUUACCUCAAACCUUUCAAAACUUUGUUUCAAUAGAAUUUCUUGUAAUUCCUCCAAUUAUGAAUCCUCUCAUAUAUGGUUUUAAGUUGACCAAAAUUAGAAACAGAAUUCUGGGUGUUAUUACUUUUAAAAGCAAAUAUUAAGUUCAUUACAUGAAUAACCAGCUGUUGGCUGUUUUCAAUAUCAAAUGUAAUAUCAGAUUAAUGAGUAGAAUAGUGUUUUUUAUCAUCAAGAUUUACAAUGGUGAAUCAUUGGCCUCUUUUGUAUUUGGAAGUUUUCUAAAAUGCUAAAAUGGUGACACUCUAUAACAUGAACUUUCAUAAGG